AUCAGCCAAGGCCCAGGCAGUAAUGGACAAAAGGGGAGGGGAGUGAGGGAGAUUGAGAUAGAGAGAAGCCAGAGAGUACAGCAAGAAGCACACAGCAAAUCCAAGCAGCAGCAGCACAGGGCAGCAGUAGUGAGCUGGGCUCACACAGUGCAGCAGAUUGAGCUGCAAAUAUCUGUCACAGAAGGGACAGCUCCUCACCACCCAGAUCCAGAUUAAAAAGGCAGCUCUGCUUGUAUUAUGACAGCAAAAAUCUGAAGCUCUCCGUUGCUGAUCUGUUCUUUACCAGGUAUUUUUCCCAAGAAAAGCCUUUGACCCAUCUGCAAAAAUGCCAGAACAAAGUAAUGAUUACAGAGUGGUGGUAUUUGGAGCUGGAGGAGUGGGUAAAAGUUCCCUGGUACUACGGUUUGUAAAAGGCACAUUUCGAGAAAGUUACAUACCAACGAUUGAAGACACCUACAGACAAGUGAUCAGCUGUGAUAAAAGUAUAUGUACUUUGCAAAUCACUGACACCACAGGAAGCCACCAGUUUCCUGCCAUGCAGCGUCUGUCUAUAUCAAAAGGACAUGCCUUCAUUUUGGUUUUUUCAGUCACCAGUAGGCAGUCCCUGGAAGAACUGAAGCCAAUCUAUGAACAGAUUUGCCAGAUUAAAGGGGACAUAGAGAGCAUCCCCAUAAUGCUAGUAGGAAAUAAAAGUGAUGAAAGCCAAAACAGGGAACUUGACAGCACGGAAGGCGAAGCAAUAGCAAAAAAAUGGAAAUGUGCCUUCAUGGAGACAUCCGCCAAGAUGAACCACAAUGUGAAAGAGCUGUUUCAAGAGCUUCUAAACCUUGAGAAACGCAGGACUGUGAGUCUCCAGAUAGAUGGCAAGAAGAGCAAGCAGCAGAAACGGAAAGAAAAGCUGAAAGGGAAAUGCGUGGUCAUGUAAAGGUGUAAUUAUGUCAAUGCAAUGAAGUAGUGCUGUACUCGUAGCACUGCAGAAGAUAGACAAACAGCAUGUACAACACUUGCAAAUGCACUAAUAUAUCAUCUAAAAAUAAAUGGCACAUCAUUUCCCAAGGUCACCUCAAAGAGUUUGAGGUACCGAUCCCUAGACAUAAAUACUUUAGUGCAAACUUCAUUUCAAUUUCACGAUGGUUGGUAUCAUCCAAAGGGACUAAAUUAUCAUUUCCAGCAUGUAAUUUGCUACAAAUGAUUACAAAGGAAAUGUAGAUUUUUUUAAUAUAUACAGACUGAAUAUAUUAAAUUGCAUGCAAUAAACAUGCAUUUCAGAAUAACAAUAGGAUAAGAUUAAAUAAGAUACCCGUGUGAUGUUUAAGCACAGGGUUUUAGCUUUUGCAACUAGUCAUACAUUCGCCUUUACUGAGGAAAUUCUAAGCGCAAAUUAUAAAUAUCUGAUCUGUAACUUUCAUGCAUGACAGCACAUAUGAGCAGCAACUUUAUCCAUUUUUAGAACAUAUUUUAUAAAUAUAUGACACCCGGAACAUGAUUUUGUCACAUUUUUGGUUUUUUAUGUUAUUUUAUUACAUUGAAUGUCUUUACCAAAUUAGAUUCUUCUCUUCCAAAUUUCGGACUUUUUAAAGCUGAUGGAAACCUCCCGGUGUAAGCUGGUAUUAAGUGUAGUCAGGUAGUCGCGUUAUUCCCCAGUCAUCAGCUACAGAGCAGGUUCAGGCACACCAGCAGGUCACUUCAAGUGUCAUUGGGGCCUAUUAGUGAAGUCAGAAUAUGGCCACACACAGGCGGAUAGCAGUUGUUUUCCAUCUGCAAUUUAUAGUCAUCUAGUAUGCCUAUCUAUUUUGAAAAAAUCAUUAUCACGUAUCACUGCAAUGUUGUAAGAACAUAUGUACUCACAUUGUGGAAAUUAACCAAUACUAUAGGGAGAUUUAUCAAGUCUUGGAAAGAGAUAAAUCAGAGGAGUUGCCCAGAAAAAAAAAUCACCUUAGAAAUAUCAUUUUACAGGCUGUGCUAGAAUAAUGACAGAAUCUGAUUUGUUGUUAUGAGCAACUUCCCAGUCAUAUCUCUCUCCCAAGAUUUGCUAAAUCUCCCCCCAUGUAUUAUACUGUUAUCUAUUUGAUCAGAUGGGAGGUAUUCAAUUUUCCGACUGCCGGGAUCCUGGUUGUCAGGAUGCCGAUGCUGGAAUCCCGACACCCCGUGAAAUACCGGCAGUCGGAAUCCCCACUCAGGUGGUGGUCCAUGCCACCACCCAAGGGGGAAGAUAACCCUUUGGUUGCCACCAGACCCGAAGCGUGGUGAGCGCACUGAGCCGUGAGGGGACAUGCUUCGCUUGCCCCCGCUAUUCUGGCUGUCGGGAUCCCAGCGUCGGUCUCCUGACCGCCGGGAUAUCAUACUGAACCCGAUCAUAUGACUGGCUUUACUCCAGAGAGCAGUCUAAGUUCUUUUCACAUUUAAGGAAAAAGAAACCUUACAGCUGUUUACUUUAUUUACAUGCAAUUCAGAUGUACUGUAUAAUACAGAAAGCUGUUGACAGAACUGUACAGCCUUUCAGCUCUACAUGAUGAUCUGGCCUAAUGUUUGUUACUAAUACUAAUUAAUAUUAUUGUUGUUAUUAUUAUUAUUAUUAUUACUUAACACCCAAAAUACAACAGCAGCAAAAAUAUAUGGGAAAAAGCACAUGCCUUUUAUACAUUGAAGACGUCAUACAUUGUGCUACACAUAUCUUUUAUUGUUAAGCGUUGCCGGCAGUAGAACUUUGUAGUCCACUGAUUAGCACUGCAUAAAUGUAUGAGUAAAAGAAGUACCCUAAUAGGUUAUUACCUAGAAUAUGAAAUGACAAUUUGCCUCCUAUACAAUGCUAUGUGUUUGAAAAGGGUUAUUUGUUCUUAAAUGUAUAAUGCUAGCAUCAUCACAUCAAUCCUUGUCUUACCAAGAGCUGAUAGACUGGCCAUUAAGGGAUAGAUACUAUAUAUCAGUCUAAGUUUACCUUGGCUGGCAACAUUUCUGUGCUAUUCUAUAUUGCCAAGUCAUCAUGAAUUGAAUUUAAGUUAAUGAAGUGAAUAAUAAUAUAUAGAUUUUUUCAUAUGACAGUGCUGUCCAACUUCUUGGCAGGCUGCAUUGUCUGAAGAUUUAUAGCUUGAGGAACAGAAAAAAUGAAUAAAAUAGAUAUACUCAGUGUAUUGUGUAUAACACAGCAUAAGGUAAAUUAUUUAUUACCAGUUAUUUAUAUAGCGCACACAUAUUCCACAGCACUUUGGAGAAAAUAUUUGGCCAUUCACAUCAGUCCAUGCCCCAGUGGAGCUUACACUCUAUAUUCCCUUUCACAUGUACACACAGACAUUCAUACUAGGGUUAAUAUUUGUUGGGAUCCAAUUAACCUAUCUGUAUAUUUUUGGAUUUUGGGAGGAAUCCGGAGUACCCUGGAGGAAACUCAUGCAAGUACAGGGAGAAUAUACAAACUCCACAGAGUCAGGGCCAUGGUGGGAAUUGAACCCAUGAGUGCUGUGAGGCAGUAAUGCUAAUAACCAUUACACCAUCUGUACUGCCCAACAUUGAUAAUAAAUAGCAUUGGUGGCAUGAAGAGUAAGAACACACAUUGCAUUGUCUGUAUAGCAAGUCACCUAGUACACAGCACAGUAAAAUAGGAAAUAUUUGGAAUGUACGGUAUAGCAAAAAGGUAAAGAUUGUCCCACCUCCACCACAGACAGCCCUGUGAAGCUUAGCAUACACAUUCCAACUAUACAAAGCAAUAUGAGCAGCACAAAAGAUCCUACAUUACACUGGAUCUCCCAUCCACCCUAUACAGCCCCAGACUCAAUAUAAUGGGUACAUUGCAAUAACUCUGCUGUGGCCAUCUCACGGAGCACAAAAAAUGCAGACAAUACAAUGCCAAGUGCCCAGCAAAACAGGUUCUUGCCCAGCAUCAUCAUGAGCAUUAUGCACAAUCUGAUAUCGAGCAUGACAACCUGAUGCAAACCAAUGGCCACCAUCCAACACUCCAAGAGUAUAAAAGUCUCGUGCCCACCAAUGACCUAUACCUAUAUGAUAAUGGCCCGUGUUAGCAUAACUACCUCAGUCCCAUUGAUACAAUAUCCCUGCCUCUCCCCUUACAGACUCUUUUCUAAUAACUUCAAGUCUGCCUAGCACUUUUCUUUGCCCAAUCACAUACCAACUACAGAGUCUUAUGAUAACAUAUCAGCCCUAUGCCUAGCCCCUCUGUUGGCUAGACUUCUCUCUACACAGUUUGGAGUCAAUAAAGAGAGAUGCCACUAUGAAAUACUGAAAUACACAUAAAUAUCAGAUCUUCAGCCAGUGAAACCACUGAGGGUUUCAGCCAGUGAUACCACUUUGAUGUACUGCAGUUAAGGCUGUAGCCACUGUUUCAUCUAUUGAAAGUGCAGUUUGCUGUUUCCAUACAUAGCGAAACCAGUGAGAAGUUGUCUUGCAGUACUGCGGGGAGUAAAAGAUGGCACUAUGGCUUCCACCAAUUGGACAGCUCUCUCAUAUUGUAUAGAGAAGAAGCGCUACAUUUCCAUGUGGUAAAAUGAUUAUCUGAUUUCUAAUAUAACACAUUUUUGGAACUGAUAAGAUCACAGUACAACGUUAAAUUUUAGUACUUUAUUGUAAUUGUUUUUGGUGUUGAUACAUCAAAUCUGUACCCUGGAGGCAAUUAAUACAUUUUGAAAACAUUAAAGACACCAUUGUUUUAGUGGUGUUCUGGAGGUACAAUACACUAACAUAAAUCAGGUAGUAAGUUAAAAACACUGUUUCAGCUACAAACUGAUGAUUAGUUAAUAAAUACUAAUUACUACAAUUUCACAACUUUUAUAGCAUGGCAUUCAGUAUAUAUGAUCAGCUCUGUAUAGUAAUAUGAUCUCUAUGAUAAAGCACAAUGAGGAAAAAGUUGGAAGGCCUAUACCUGUAGUGUGCAUCUAUUCCAACAACUAUUCCUAGAAUGAAACUAUUUUAAAGCAUGUUAUAUGUUAUAUUAUAACAGGAUGGCUGACAGGUCUGAGUUGACAGAUGAUAGCUUUGUGGUACUAUUUAAAUUCUACCAAUUAAGGCUACAUUAUUCUUCUGCAGUAAAACUAGCAAAAUGGCCAGUGGAAGUUCAAGAACUGUUCUUAAAUUCCACAGAACACAGCUGUGUUUAGAUGCCAUGCAUUGGCUAUUUCCAAAACUAUUUCACAAGUAAGAAGAAAUUUUCAGAGCUUCUAGCUUGCCACUAUAUAUUCCUUAUAUGGUAUAAUAAGAGCUGAAAUGACAUUUGAUGUUUGCCAUUCACCAAUCAUUUCUUGACCAAAUGCAAAGGUACUUAUUUUCAAGGUCUUUUUGUUGUCUGGAAGAAUUGCUGAUGGUAAGUUGGCCGCAUCUGUACCGAAAACAUGCAUUCACCAAAAAAAACACAAUUGCAUGCAUGUGGACCAUUGCUACUCUUGCAAAAUAUGUGUAGGUCUCAUUAGCAAUUGCACCAGGUUUAUGUUAGGUAAACGUCACACACACCAACUUCCAAGCUUUAAACUGUUUUGUUUAAAAUACACAUUCACUAUUAGUCUACUAUAAUACUUAAAUUGUUGGACCAGUAGAUGGAGAGUUUUAUUUUUUUGCUAAAUCAUGGACAUAAAAACUCUUUAUAUCCACGAGCAACAAAGAAAGCACCUGUGUUAGUGGCGUACUGACAUCGGCCAAUCACAAGCAGUUCGCAAACGCUGGUGACUGCCAUCAUUAGUAUAUUUGCAAAUGCUCUUGAUCACCAAUAAAUAAUAUGCCUUUCACAAAUGUAUAAUUUCUUUGUGCUAGUCUGCAUGUGUUCGCAAUUGUGCAAAUAUGCCCUCACAGAUUUCAGUCUAGGUUAAAAUGCCCCUCCGCUACAUCAUCUUGCCUCUCCAGAUGCAAGAGGGCGUAAGGUCCAGAACCACAUAAACCUGCAUAGGCACAAAUUGGUGUAGUUCUCUAUCUGCAUCAGUCUUACUAUGCCCUGGUAACAUCUUAAAUAAGGAUUAUUGAUUUGUUUCACAUGCCAUUUGUCUAAGUCCUAAAACAAUAUUUUGGGACCUACAUUUGUGAAUAUCUUAUGUCCAUGUGUAUAACCAAAAAUAUCUGGGCCCCAUAGCAUAAUUGUAAUGAGAUUUUAUAGUCGCCAUCAUACCAUUAUACACCUGCUCCACCCCCAUCCAAUAUGCAAUAGGGCAAAGAACUUAUUCCAUUAGUAACAACAUUAGUCUGAUUUGUAUAUACGGUCAUUUUAUCCCCAUUAUUUUCCAAAUCAGUUUGUACUUUAUGGCACAUUUUUUUAUGUGGGAAAGUUUCCCCCUAUUGUGCUUCCCUAAAGCAGAGGCAACAUUUACAUAAUGUAUGUACUAUCGGCAGUAAAUACAAAGGAUUUGUAAUACUUUGGAGCACUUAUGUAAAUAAAUAUGUAAAAGAAGAACAGAUAUUUAACAAAAAGCAAAAAUGCAUCAAAACGUUUUAUGAUGAAAGUAGUUUUGACAGGACUCAUAACUUACAUAUUUUUUGUAUAUUUUUUUAUUCAUGCUUUUAGAAGAUUAACAACAUAAACUAAUAAUCGGAUUCUGGACAACCAUUCACAAUUACAUCAUUCUCAAUCAAAUCAAUUAUUAAAGCCAUCUAUAUAUUUGUCUUGCAUGGAUACACGCAAGGCCACUAAGCAAUAUUAUAUAUGAACCGGUAAAUCCUAUCAUAUUUUAUACCCUUGUAUGGUUAUUGUAGUUUUUGAGUACUUUUAUGCAUAGAGUAUGCUGGUCAAAAUGAUUGUUAUGCUAUCAUUGGUACAAAAUGCUUAUUUUGGUAGUAAUGACAAUAAAUUGUAGAAAAUAUAAAAUAAUAUACAGCUUUAAUAUAUUUUAUGUUUUUUCCCUUUAUGGAAUGUAUGCAAAUGGACAAAGGGUCUUUAAUGUGUAUAUAAACCAUUGGAUAUAUUGAACAUGUAAGAUGAAUGGAUAAUUUUAACACAAGAGCAUGAUAUUUAUUAUACUACAUGGUAGCAUUCAGAUUGUAUUUAUUGUUGAAAUGUCAUCUAUUUUACUCAAUAUACAGAUUAAAAGUCAUCUGUGCCUA